GAAGAAGAAGAACGCGUACCUGCGCUUUCUACCGGAAGCUGACUUGUCAGUUUUGUUUUGGCAGUUAACAGGCACGUGAGCAGAUGUCGUCAUCAGAACAGACAGUAGACAACAUGGCGGCGGGGUCGGUUCACAAGGUUAUAUUUGAACACCAAGGUGUCUUCAUACAGCUGAGCAGUGAUGAAGAGGCCAUCGAGCAGGAUUUACUCAUUUCAGGGUCACUUCAGGUUAUUGACAAGGAUGGUGAGAUCCUUGUCGAGUACAGACCGCUGGAAGACACUGUCGACCUGUCAAAUAUACUGUGUGCUGGAAAGGACUCCAGUUCAGUGAUGGGUUGCACGCAGGGUCCUGGGGACAGGAGUCACCAGCUGUUAGAAACCCAGCAGAGCUACGAGACAGAGUGGGACAUGGUCAACGCUGUGUCCUUCAAGAAGAGACCCUGCACAAAUGGAGAGGGCUCUCUGAACCACAGCCAUGAGAGGAGCAGGUGGGCGUUCACCUUCAGUGUCAGUGACCUCAGGUCCAUCACAGUGAAGGAGGAAGGUUGGGCCUUUUUGAUCUGUAAACUGAAGGACUCUUCCACCCCCCUGCCUGUACUGCACUUCCACCAGGGCGGCAGCAGAGAGUUUCUCGACAGCCUGAGGAGGUUUGCUCUGCUCACUGAGUGUCCAGAUGAUGGAACAUGUCUGCUGGUCAGCACUCCAAACAAAGCUCUGUCACAGUCCUUCGAGAACCUUCUGGAUGACAACAGCUUCGGCCUUGUCCAUAAGUUCAGAAAGGACCCGUAUGUGACCACACUGGGCGGCUUCUCCAAAGUCACCAACUACAUAUUUGAUGCCCUGCGGGGGACAGAGGAGCAGCACCAGCGCCCCCCAGAAGAGGUGGCUGACCUGCUGGGUGAAGUCAUCCCAGGACUGGAGAUCAACCAGCAGGAGGAGCCGGGCUUCGAGGUCAUCACUAGGAUCGACCUGGGGGCGAGGCCUCAGGUGAUGAGGAGGGAGCCUCUGUCUGCAGAGGACUGGACCAAACACCAGGAUCCAGAGGGGAGGAUGGUCAACGUCUCGCACCUCAAACAAGUCAUCUUCAAAGGGGGACUGUGUCACGCAGUGAGGAAGGAGGCGUGGAAGUUUCUGUUGGGAUGUUUUCCCUGGGACAGCACGUUGGAGGAGAGGAAGGCUCUCCAGAGAACCAAAACAGACGAGUACUUCAGGAUGAAGCUGCAGUGGAAGUCGGUCAGUGAGGAGCAGGAGAGGAGGAACUCCAGGCUCAGAGACUACAGGAGUCUCAUAGAGAAAGAUGUGAACCGAACAGACAGAACCAACAGGUUCUACGAAGGCAUCGAUAACCCCAGUCUGGUCCUCCUCCACGACAUCCUCAUGACCUACUGCAUGUUCGACUUCGACCUGGGUUACGUUCAGGGGAUGAGCGACUUGCUCUCGCCGAUCCUCUACGUGAUGGAGAACGAGGUGGACGCUUUCUGGUGUUUUGUCUCUUUCAUGGACCAGAUGCACCAGAACUUUGAGGAGCAGAUGCAGGGGAUGAAGACUCAGCUGAUUCAGCUCAGUACUCUGCUGAGACUGUUGGACUUGGCCUUCUGGAACUACCUCGAGGCUCAGGAUUCAGGUUAUCUGUAUUUCUGUUUCCGCUGGUUGUUGAUCAGGUUUAAGAGGGAGCUCAGUUUCCAUGACGUUCUGCGACUCUGGGAGGUGAUGUGGACUGGUCUGCCGUGCCACAACUUCCACUUGCUGGUCUGCUGCGCCAUCCUGGACUCAGAGAAGCAGAAAAUCAUGGAAGAGAACUAUGGCUUCAGUGAAAUCCUCAAGCACAUCAAUGAGCUUUCAAUGAAGCUGGACAUUGAAGAGAUCCUUCAGAAAGCAGAGGGCAUCUGUCUGCAGAUCAGGAGUUGUAAGGAUUUGCCCCACUCCGUCAGCGCCAUUUUGGGCUUUGGCACAGAAGUCUCCGGCUCCAACCCGACAGACUGUGAAUCUGCAGCGGCUCCCAGAGCGACACAGCAACAGGACGCCUGCUCCAACAGACACUUGAGAGAAACCAGCUCUCACAAUAGCUGCAAAGUUGCCUUCAGGUUGUAGUGAACAGCAGAACCAAUGAGAGACUGUCUCAGGGUCUGCAGGACCACGACAGUGGCAGCCCAUUGCCACGUCGUCUCAUCCCCCCGAUAAGACAGAAGAAGAAGAGAAUGUAAAAAGGAUUUGAGGUUAUUCAGAAUCUUAUUUUUGUAAUUUCUUGUACCAUAUUGUCUCUUUCAUUCAAAUCGUCAUUCCUUCUCUCCGGUUGUUGAAAUGGUCUAAAGCUGCACUCAGACAUGAGGGACAUCACUUGUGGGGGCCAAGUCCUCACUGUGCUCCGCAGUGGUUUUACCCAUGGUUCAUUUUAACCCUGGUUAAAAGACUCCACAGGGGGGCGCCACAUAGCCGAAGGGGAGGCCAAGAUGAAACUGGUCCUCCUCGUCCUCAGAGUCCUACCUCAGGGUCUUGCUAUCGCUGAUGUCCCUCCUGAAUAAAUCCAGUCGGUUGUCAGGGCAGAAGAGGCUGCAAAGGCUGCCCGAGAGUCCUCCUCUGUUUAAGUCUCCUCGAGUCUGACAGUUGUCUGUACAUCCACGGGGACACUGCAUACCAGCUGCUUGUUGUCAAGCUUCUAAUGGGGACACUGUGACUAUCUGGAAAACCUAUCCACAGCCGACACUGGGUGAGAGGUGAGGUCCAUAACAGGUGGAUGGAAGUAAAUAUAGGCUAAGAACCUGGGCUCAGAGAGAAGACUAGUUCCUGCCUCACAUUAAUGCCUGAGUCCUGUUCUCCCAGCCAUCAUUUAGCUCCCCAUAAAGGCCUUUGUGUUGGCAUUAGAAUGUUUCCAUUUAUCAGAUUACCAAAAUCAUUUUCCAGUCACAAUUUAACCUGAGCUGAUAAAAAGGACAAAAACAGCCUCCCUCACUAAAAUUCAGGGGCUGGGUUUAAAUACCAGGUGGAGCAGCCGGUUCACAGAAACCCAGCGCUCUGUGUGGCUGUGUUUAUUACUGGGUGUUCUCACUGAGUGGAGCAGGUGAUGUAAAAUCACCAGACAGACAGAGAUCCAGUCUGACUGCAGCUUUAGACUGACAGGGCGUCUCACCACGACCUGUGAUGGGCUGGGUCUUCUCUCACAGCCACCUCCAGCCACAUCAGAUUAAACAUGGUUUAUUGGCUGCAUAUAUUUAGUCUUGAUGUUCUUUCGUGUACAGCUGCUGUACCUGGAAUAAGACGAGCAGCUGUCACACAGAUCAGUCACGGCUCUUCUUAACCUCCUGUCAGUAUUAAUUGUCUAAUAUGAAACUGGCGGGUCCAUUGAAAUGGAAUAAAGGUUAAUGUGCCUGGUGGAAACAGUCGCUGGUGUGUGAUGAAGAUGUUGUGUUUUUAUGUUGUGAUGCUGAUGAACUGCGCCAGGUCGUAUUAUUUGUUUAAAGAAACACUGCGGCAUUUUGGGAAAUAUAUUUGGUUUCUUACUGGGAGUUAAAUGAGAUUGUAGAGUGAACUGACUACAUCCUGGAUCAUCUCUGUAGUGAAAGAGUAGACAUUCAAUAAAAGGCUCAUUUUGGUUUA